AUGCGAAGAACAGUCGACCAGUGUCCUGCCGACAUUGUCUUAACACCAUCAGGGUGCCCCUUGACUGACCUCGAGAACGCCGAUGAUGUUGUUAUAUUCGCGGAAAGCAGUGCGAAACUUCAACAUGUUGUCAACCUUGUAUCGAAGCUGGCUGCAGCCUAUGGACUACGCCCACGCCCUGAUAAAUGCAAGCAGAUGUGGAUCCCUUCGAGACCACGAACGGGAAUCAGGGUGGACGGACAACCGAUAGAACUCGUCGAUGAGUUCUGUUACCUAGGCUGUACUUUGAAGAGCAAUGGCAGCUACGAGAGAGAUGUUCAGCAAAGAUGCGCUAAGGCCACUUCUGCAUUUAACUCCUAA